AUGGUAGUUGAUCGCUUGAUUGAGGCAGUGAUUCCUCCGACCCCUAGAAUUGGCGAAAUAAUCGCGGAGAUAGUCCGCAAAGUGGGCAUGGAUUCGAUUGAUCUGCUCUCCUGUUUAUCAAGAGACGAUUGGAAAUCAUUGAUAAAAGAAAAUGAGGGAUCGAUAGAAGCAAUUCUUCUGACCACUGAUUCACUCACAGAAGGGUCAAAUGAGCAGAACACCUCUGAGUCAUCAAACUCAACCUCAACCGCGGCCAAAACUACAGGCCAAUCGGCGGGAGCAAAGAUUGACGAAAUCACUUUCACACAACUCAAAUGUUACGGUGAGGCAUUGACUCGGGAAGCAAAACGCUGGGGUGAUCUAUCGAAAGCCUCCUCUCCAUCAAAGCCCAACGCCGAGAAGGAUGCCGUGGAUGAUACCAUGCUCCAACAAAUGAUAGCCUCUUUGGCAGAGAGGUCUGGGCAAGUCCCGUCUGAGCUCGUACCUUCGGCUAAGGUACUGAAGCUACUGAAAAAAAGCCCAGCCACAUACGUGGAUUUCCGUAUGCUAUGUGAGAGCGGGGGAGAGAACCCCCGUAAAAAGUUCAAAACUACUGUCACCGGUGAGGUCGUCGAGAUCUACGAUGACGAUGACGAGAAGGAGGACGGUAGUCCCCGAAGAGUCCAACAAAAAAGCCGAGCGAAAACCGUGCUGACUCUCGGAGAAUGGAUGGUGUGCUUCCCCAGAUAUGUUGUCGCAUUGGCCAUGGUGGAUGAUGGCUGCCGUGACAACAUAUUGGCGUUGAGUAGAUAUCAAAUUGAGGUCGGCCGGGUGGCUGCUCGUGCCAAUUGGCAGACGGUACUGAAGAUUGAACGCGAGUACCGCUUGACUGUGCGGUCUCUCGUGGCAACCGGAGUGGAUUUGUGGAAAUGCUAUGGUAAGGCAACUUAUACCACGAUCUUCUUUACCCAAAAGUUAUCGGAGACAACCUUCGUCGAGAGGUUGGCGCCCAAGAAAGUAGAUCAGUAUGAGAGAUCGAAGAAAGGAAAAGGGAAGGGCCGAAGUCAGCAGUCGAGGAAUUGGCAGGGCAGUUGGCAAAACCAGUGGCAGGGAAAUUGGCAGCCCAACACACAGCAUGGUUCAACCAGUCAGGAUAAAAAAGCGAAGAGUUAA